UUUAGUGCGAUCGGUUACAAACACCUGGACAGUGCCUACGCCUAUGAGAAUGAAGAGGCUAUUGGUCAGGCUAUCAGGGAAUGGAUGGACAUUGGAGGACUGAAAAGGGAAGACUUCUUCAUAACUACCAAGCUGCCCAACAUCGCCAUGCGCCAGGAACUGGUAGAUGAAUACUUGCAAAGAUCUUUGAAAAAUCUGCAGCUAGACUACGUAGAACUUUACCUAAUCCAGAAUACUGUUGUGUACAAGCCUGGAUACGAGCUUUAUCCCCACGACAAGGACGGCAGCAUCGAACUAGACUUCCAGAGCGAUCACGAUAAAAUCUGGCAGGCAAUGGAGAAGAAAGUGGACAAAGGCUGUGCAAAGCACAUUGGCUUGUCCAACUUCUCGCUCCGUCAAGUAGACCGAUUGAUGGAGAAAGCAUCAAUCCCGCCCGCCAAACAUACAGGCGGAAUGCCACCUUUACUUUCAACAACAGGAGUUACGCCAGUGGGCAAAGGAUAA